AGCUGGCGGAGCGACCGCCGCACAGCGCGGCAGGCUGAACUGAACUGAGAAGCACAGCGUCUCUAUCGUCCUCCUGAAAUGCGCUCGGGCUGCGCAACGAGACACAUCUCUACCUGUGGCCUCCGCCAACACAGAAACCCCGCUUCGGUUCCUCUGCUCCUCCAAACGUAGCGCCCGGGGGGCGGGAGGCUUUGGACCAAAAGCUUACUGAAGGAACCCGGCUACUUUGGACUCAGGCAGCCGCUGAACGCUCCUCGGUCUCUGGGUAAGCGCUCCUCUCCAAGCCUUCGCAUACCAUCAGUGUGAAUCAAACCAAUCAUUUGAUGGUAUUCAAUUAAAAGCUGGAUGAAUAUUCAUCUCCAUCAGAGUGUGAUUCCCAGUGGGUUUGCUGUCCUUCUAAACCCGACUUCUGGCAACACAAAGAGGCGAGGCCAUCCCUGACUAAUCAUCCACAGUGUCGAGCUGGUACCUGUCCGAUGUCCUCUGCCCACACAGUGUGAUGUAUCAUGGCUCCGGUGUUGAGUGGAGUGCGGUGGCUUUCGGAGGCGGGAGUUGUUGGGUCAGGGACGGCAGCUGCCACUGGCGCCACGUACUGGCCGCAGAGUGAGCAGCUGGUGUUGGUCGUCACACUCAGCAUCGUCACCGGCUUGUUUCUGCUCUCUGUGCUGCUUGGUCUAUGCGUCAGCUGUCGGGGGCAGAAGAAAGUAAUAAAUGGAACUACUACAGGAGAUCAAGAAAACCUUGUAAAUGGAGUGUCGGAGAAGGAGAUGGUCAGCCAAUCAGCAGACAGUCCAGUGACUGACGCAGCAGUCAGCAGCUCUCACAACGGUCCUCUAACCAGCGGUACAAUCCUCUCAGACACACAAGACACCAGCCCUCAGUUGUCCGAGGAACUGCUCUCCAGCCAAUCAGAGCUCAGGUCCUCUAAGUGUCAUCAGGACCGAGAGCUUCCCAGCCUCCCUCCUGGCAGUGCCCCCAUGGAGGACAGACCCCCAGCCUCAGGAGACAGCACUUAUGAGGUGGUGAAGGAGAUGGAGGUGGCAUCCCGCGACGUCAGCGUUGAGGACUCGCUCUAUGAGACUGUCAAGGAGAUCAAAGACACCUCAGUGCAGCCUUGCCUUGCUAACGGUACCGUCCAGCCGAGCCCCGAUGAACCUCCACCUCAACCUCCCGCCCUCGUCAACGGCCACCCCAGCCCCUGCACCCCAGAGCGGGUGCCGCUGAGUGAAGGGGUCGAGUAUGCGUCUGUUGACCUGCGAAAGAAGAGCCGACACAGCGCUGACAUGGAUGCCAAAAGGCUCUCCGAUAACGCCGCCAUUCUCUCACUCAAACCUGCGGAGGAGCCAGAGGAGGAGCCGCCGCCGCCUGUACCGAAGAAGGUUCUCGACGAAAACGACAACCAGCCAGCGGUGAUGAAUGGUGUGGAAGGGUCUGGGCUGGACAAUGGAGAGUUAAACUCCCUGUCUCCUCCACCGGAAUUUGAAGACCACCCACAAUCAGACAAUGAAUCACCACUGUACUCUACUGUUAAUAAGACGAACUGCAACCAGUCUUUUAGCGAGGACGACAAAGAGCAUGACUACAGCAGCAUCGCAGAGAUCAAAGGUAUUGUCCCGAACUCGUCCUCCAGCGACCUCUACGCCACGGUUCAUGACAUCUACGCUCAACCUGAUGAGUCCCAGGCAGGCGAAGAGCCCCCAAUGGACAGCUCAGAUCCCGGCUACGAAUCAGUCCACAUCCCAAAGACUAGUAGCUUUGAUGACAAUCACGGAGCCGGGAACGGCAAACCAGAGCCUGACUACGAAAGCGUGGGAGAGCUGGGUCUCAGUCGGGAAAUGUCCCGUCUUUGAGCUGACCGCCUCGGCGUCGAGUCUUACAGUAGCACUUUGAAGCAGCUGUUUAGGAUGCCUUUAAUGCAAACUGCUUGUCAUAGUUUCCUUAUCGAGUGUACAUCUUCUUUACAGCUUAGGUACAGCUUAUCAUAUGUGAACGUUAUUAAUCAACCAGAGUGAGACAUCGGUACUGGUAGGCCUUAAAAUCUCUGGGUUGUUAAAAAUAAUCGCAACAUAUUCUGGUCAACAGAGAAGAAAAAAAAAGAUAUCAAUCUAGUGCCAUAUAACUUGCAUAAAAGUCAUUCACUAACUGUAUUAUGUGAAGGUUAGAUUAUUUGUAUUGCUUCUCUGCACCAGCUAGUUUUUCAAGCUUCUAGAUAACUGUCAUAUUUUACUGAAGCAUCAAACGGCAUAUUUCUAGGCCUUCUUCUGUCAAGUUUGCGGCACCUCCACUGUGCAUUCUCACUAGAUGUUCCUGUGAAAGGGUUUGUAGCGGAAAAAGAGUCAAUUGAUGAAACUGAGACGGCUACCUUCUUUAGUGGGCUUGACAUUUGAAAGGUUGGAAACAGUCACUGCGAAGGAAAAAAAUUGUUUUUCGUUUGAGCUUUAGAGUUUCAUAGUACAUUUUGACCUUUCUAUAAACUUUAGGGUCGACAGCAACAAGUUUUGUACAAAUCAUAUUGUAUUUAUUUGAAAAUGUCUAUUAUUGUGUAAUUGUGAAAUGUUUCUGACUGCGUCUGUGAGAGGAUUUUAUAGAAGUUUCGUGCAUUUUCAUUGAGAUACUAAAUGAAAGUUAACAGAGGGUUUGAUGCCACUUCGGUACACGUUUCUUUCAUUUUAUUGUUAAGAUGUCAGCUUUCACAAACUUUGAAGUACUUAUGUGUUUAAAU